CUCCCUAACGGUAGUUGUAAUCACCACCGGUAAUACAGCAAGUUUCAAAAAUGUCAGGUGUUUGGGUGUUCAACAAGAAAGGGGUGGUCCGCCUGGUCGAGGUCCCUGGGGCUGAGCCAAGCAGCCGUCGCAAGGUCUUGGUGCACGUCCCCACCAACGAGGUCGUCACCUCGUACGAGAUGCUCGAGCGGAAGCUCGCGCCGCUGGGGUGGGAGCGAUACCACUGCAACCCCGAUCUCGUCCAGUUCCACCAGCGCUCCUCGGUUCACCUCAUCUCGCUCCCCAGGGACUUCUCCAGGCUCACCUCGGUGCACAUGUACGACGUCGUCGUCAAGAGCCGCAAUGUCUUCGAGGUGCGCGAUGCAUGAUCAAAAAUGCUUUGAAGACUACUGGUGUUGUGGAUCAUGCGUUCCGCUUCCUUCUAUAUAUAUAUAAUGAAAUAAGCUUGCUUGCUCGUAUCGUAAUACUAGUUACACUAAGAUAUCGACACCUUGAUUUGUGUUAGUCCAGUCUAUUGCUUGCAGUGUUUGCAACGCUUCAGGGACGCAUGAGAGAAUGCUUUGUAAAAUUUAUGUUAAAAUUAUAAGGAUGAUUGCUUUUGCUACUUAACUUAGGAUCGUUUUAUCUCUUAGGGCUGUGGUAAUUGCUUCAGAAUGUCUUUUUCACAUCUUCACAUCAUCCUAACACCAUAACUGGGGACUUACUUGAGCAUCCCUAUAUGUCCACAUGGAAAGGCAUGCGUUGACAAUUAGGCUUUUUUGUGCUGUGAAAGAAAAUCCUUAUAAGAAGACUGGAUUAGGCCAUGUAGCAUUAUCAGAACGGAACUCUAUUAC